AGAUUAUAAAUGUUUCUUCUUCGAGAUUCGCUUCAUGUCGAUAAAUUUCUUUCUCAAUACCCGAGGUUUUUCAAGAGCUUCACUUCGAAAUGGUUGACAGAGAUGACGUCCAAUGCUUCAAUAUUAGAGGUGGUUCUUCUUCAAAGGGAGUUGUCAAUAACAUUACACCAAGCAACUGUGAAAAAACUGAGAAUACAAAUGCUAUUGAUCUAAAUAACAAUCCUGAACAAGAGAAUGAUGUUCCAGACCCUAGAAGAUUAUUAAGACGUGAUAUCUUGAAGGAAUAUAACGGAGCUAAAGUUCUUGGGAAUGUUAGGGAUUACCUUGAGACACUGAAACUGUUUGAAGUUCUGUACCAAGAGGAUUAUAGAAUGGAAUAUUUGAGUGAGAAUGAAGUUUUGAGCAAUUUGGUCCAAAAGGAAGACGUGUGUGUGGUUCAAAAAAUACCACCACCAAGCAAAAAUUCAGAGAAGACUACUGAAAGUAAAAUGCCAGAGGCUACACCUCAAGAGACAUCUACCAUAAAAAGGAAGAGAAGAGUUAUUAAGAAGAAGGCAAAUAGUUCAAUUGAAGUUGGUUCUCCUUCAACUGGAAUAGUCAAUAACAUUACUCCAAGCACUCUUGAAAAACCACAGAAAACAAAUAAAAAUGCUGAACAGGGGAAGGUUGAGGUAGAGCCUAAAAAAUUAAAAGGGCGUGAAAUCCAUAAGGACUAUAAUGGAGUUAAAGCUGUUGGGACUGUUAUGUCCUACGAUCCCUCACUCAAUUGGUUUGAAGUUCUUUACAAAGAGGAUAACAGAAUGGAGUAUUUGAAGGCUGAUGUAAUUUUGAGUCAUUUGGCAGAAAAGGAAGAUAUAUGUCAGGUUCAACAAGCACCACCACCAAGCAAUAGUUCAGAGAAGACUAAUGAAAAUGAAAUGCAAAAGGAUGCACCUAAAGAGGUAUCCACUUCAAAAAGGAAGAGGACUAAUAGUUCAAGCAAGAAGGGAAUUGGUUCAAGUGGUGCUUCUUCAAGUAAAAUUGUCAAGGACAUUGGACAAACUGGAGUAAGUCUACCAGAUAAGAGCAAAAAUAAAGGAAAGUCAACAGCUGAACCCAAAUCUACCAAAAAAGAAACCAAAACAAAGGGCAAGUCUAAACAAGUUGAUGAUGAUGAUGAUGAGAUUCCAACAUAUAAGCCUCAAGAAUUCAUGGGUCUCUUUAUCUGCAAGAAACGUAAUGGAGUUAAAUGUCUCGGAACUGUGAUUGCCUAUAGCCCUGAAAAGAAAAAGCUCAAGGUUCGGUUUCGAAGCGAUAAAACGGAAGAGUAUAUGGACCAUAUUGAGGCUUUGUUUAGUAUGGCAACACCUGAAGAACUUGCUUUGGGAUCGUCAGCACCAAGUACAAGUGGUACAAAGAAGACUGAUGAUAAUAAGAAAAAGAAACAAAAAAGUGAUGACUCUGAUUUUGAAGAUGAAGAGGAAGAAGAAGAAGAAGAAGAGGAAGAAGAAGAAGAGGAAGAAGAUGAAGAUGAAGAAGAAGAAGAAGAAGAAGAUGAUGAUGAAGAAGAAGAAGAAAGACCACCUUCACCAAAGAAAAGAAGGACGAGAUCUCGUGGUUCAAAAAAGUGAGGAGAAAUGUGCAGCAUUGAAGAAUAGUUGUUAGCUUGACAAAAGAUCUUCAACCUCAAACAAUUUCAUGAUAUUUUAAAAAAUUGUGUGCCCUCUUUAACUUAGGUUUAUGAUACUUUUCUUUAUUUUGGUACUUUGUUCAACUCAUUGUACAAGUUUGUUGAAAUUGGCGUUUCUUAAGUUCUUUAAGGUAGAUAUAAAAUUUGGAUUUCUUUAUGUAUUUGAUUGUAUUAUAGAUUAUUACAAUUCAAUGCUGAAC